AUGCCCAACACCGCCGCCGCCGCCGCCGCCGCGAAGGUGGACCCGGACCUCCCGGUGAGCCCCGAGGGCGUCACGUACCACCUGAAGUGCAAAUCCGACGAGCUCGCCGACCGCAUCCUGCUCGUCGGUGACCCGGGGCGCGUGAAGGACGUGGCGGAGUACUUUGACGCGGGCAGCGUGCGCUUCAAGAGCGAGAACCGCGAAAUCUACAUCGCCACCGGCACCUACAAGGGCACGCCCGUCUCCGUCGUGAGCACCGGGAUGGGGACCGACAACGUGGAGAUCGUCAUCAACGAGAUUCACGUGCUGAAGGAGUACGACUUUGCGCGCCGCGUGUGGCGCCCGCGCACGGGGGAAGCGGACGUGCCGCAAGGCGCACAGCUGUUUGACCCCUCCAGCGUGAAGCUCAUUCGCGUUGGGACCUGCGGCUCGCCCUUUCCUGACAUGCCGCUCGGCGCCCUCGCCGUCACGCGCUACGUGAUCGGCAUGGACAACACCUGCCUCCUGUACAAGGCCAAUGAGCAGGUGCAGAGGUCGAAGGACCUGCUUGAGGUGCAGCGUGUGGUGAAGGCGCAGACCGGCCUGGGCGCCAUUGACGUGUACACCACGAAGGCGACUCCCGCCAUCACAAACGGCAUCGUGGCGGCCUGCAACAAUUUCAACCAACAGCUCUCGGCGGGCGCCAAGGAGCAGCAGGCGUACGUCGUCGGCACCACGGCAACCGCCAGUGGGUUCUACGGCUGCCAGGGACGCGCCGUUGGCCGCUUCCGCAAGCACCUCCUGGUGCCCAACCUGGUGGAGGAGCUCUCGAAGCUCCAGUUUGACGUCGCUGAGGGGAAGGAAAUCGUGGUAAACCUUGAGAUGGAGUCAAGCUCGCUCUGCUGUCUCUCCAACAUUCUUGGGUACCAGGCGGGGGCGGUGUGCGCCGUCGUGGCCAAGCGCGCCGGUGCCGAACAUCUUUUUGCGACACACGAACAGGGAAAGGCGGCGCUUGCCAACGCCAUCCGCAUCGCACUGGACGCCAUUGUCGCACUUCAGUAA